CCAACCAUUCAUAGACUGCCCUGCCCACUUUGUGGGGGGUGGUGAGUUUAGCCUCCUGAACCCCAAGGAUAGUCCCCAUGGAUGCCUGGGGGUGGGGAUAUAAGAACAGGGUUUGAAUUUAGGCACUGAAUUUCAGUGCCAGUCACAUACCUGGCUAGAGGCAGGCACAGUGAAAGAGUCUGGUUUAAAAAAAAAAAAAAGGCUGGUGGGUGGAGCCCUGAGGCCAGAAGCAUUGCUGUCAACACCCCUGGGGUCGGGGGUGGGACUAAGGGGUCAGAGAUCUAGGCCAGGCAACCCCUGGCAAAUUUUCUAGGAUUCUGUGGACACUUCUCUGAGAAGGGAGCAGGUGCAAUGAGCAUCUGGCUGCGACUCACCUUUUUACUGUUGCUGCCGCAAGCCCUGGGGCAGCCCUCAUGGCCUGCUGCAGCGGCCCUGGCCCUGCGCUGGCUCCUGGGAGACUGGAUCUUCUGUGUGCUGCUUGGCCUGGCCAUGCUGGCACAGCCCUGGCUCUACAUCUGGAUGCCCCACUGGCUGAGUCUGGCAGCUGCGGCGCUCACGCUGGCUCUGCUGCCUCCACAGCCACCCCCAGGGCUGCGCUGGCUGCCUGCGGAUAUGGCCUAUAUCCUCAAGAUCCUCCACCUGGGCCUGGUGGUCAGAUCGCGCAUGAGACGUCACCCGCCUGACACCUUUGUGGAUACCUUCGAGCGACGAGCACGAGCACAGCCGGGCCACACACCCUUGGUGUGGAAGGGGCCAGGGGGCCGCUCAGUCACCUUCAGGGAGCUGGACGAGAGGGCAUGCCAGGCAGUGUGGGCCCUGAAGGCCGAGCUGGGCGGCCUCACAGACUUGCUUGGCGGGGAGUCGGCUGCCCUCCUGGUGCUGGAGUCCCAGACCAUUCCAGCCUUGGGUUUGUGGCUGGGGCUGGCCAAGCUGGGCUGCCCAGUUGCUUGGAUCAAUCCGCAUGGCCGGGGAGCACCCCUGUUGCACUCCGUGCUGAGCUCUGGGGCUCGGCUGCUGGUGGUGGACCCAGAACUCCGGGAGAACCUGGAAGAGGUCCUUCCCAAGCUGCAGGCAGAGAACAUCCGAUGCUUCUACCUCAGCCAGUCCUCCCCAACACCAGGAGUGGGGGCCCUGGGGGCUGCUCUUGAUGUUGCACCCACCGACCCGGUGCCCACUGACCUACGUGCUUGGAUCACACCACAAAGUCCUGCCCUGUUUAUCUACACCUCUGGGACCACUGGGCUCCCAAAGCCGGCCAUUGUCACACAUGCGCGACUGCUGCAGAUGUGCAAGAUGCUGUCUCUGGCUGGGAUCACAGCUGAUGACGUGGUCUACACAGUCUUGCCUCUGUACCACGUGAUGGGGUUUAUCCUUGGGGUCCUCGGCUGCCUGGAGCUCGGAGCAACCUGUGUCCUGGCCCCCAAGUUCUCUGCUUCCCGCUUCUGGGAUGACUGUUGCCAGCACAGUGUGACUGUGAUCCUGUAUGUUGGCGAGGUCCUGCGGUACCUGUGUAACACUCCACAGCGACCAGAGGACCGGACACAUACAGUCCGCUUGGCAAUGGGCAAUGGACUCCGGGCAGAUGUGUGGAAGUCCUUCCAGCAGCGCUUUGGCCCCAUUCGGAUCUUGGAAAGCUAUGGCUCCACGGAAGGCAACAUUGGCUUCGUCAACUAUCCAGGGCGCUGUGGGGCCCUGGGCAAGAUGAGCUGCUUGCUUCGAAUGCUGUCCCCCUUUGAGCUUGUACAGUUCGACACCGAGGCCGAAAAGCCUGUCAGGGACAAUCGGGGAUUCUGUGUCCCUGUGAGGCCAGGGGAAGCGGGGCUUCUGCUGACCCAGGUCUCGGGCCACCAACCUUUCGUGGGCUACCGCGGGGCGCGAGAGCUGUCGGAACGCAAGCUGGUGCGGGAUGUGCGGCGCAGGGGCGACGUCUACUUCAACACCGGUGACGUGCUGGCCAUGGACGAAGAAGGCUUCCUUUACUUUCGCGACCGCCUUGGGGACACUUUCCGAUGGAAAGGGGAGAACGUGUCCACGCGGGAGGUGGAGAGCGUUCUGUCGCUCGUGGACUUCCUGCAGGAGGUGAACGUCUACGGCGUGUCGGUGCCAGGUUGUGAGGGCAAGGUGGGCAUGGCUGCUGUGCGGCUGGUCCCCGGCCAGACCUUCGAUGGUGAGAGGAUGUACCAGCAUGUCCACACUUGGCUCCCUGCCUAUGCUGCACCCCAUUUCAUCCGUAUCCAGGACACCCUGGCGAUCACAAGCACAUUCAAACUGGUGAAAACCCGUUUGGCACGCGAGGGCUUCAAUGUAGGCAUCAUUGCUGACCCCUUGUUCGUGUUGGACAACCAGGCCAAGGCCUUCCGGCCCCUGACGCCAGACAUGUACCAGGCUGUGUGCAAUGGAACCUGGAGACUCUGAUCAUUUAGCCAGUCCAGAGGACCUCUGAAGUGGUAGUGCCCAGUGCUGACUACCACUCCCAUUUGCAGGGUCACCUCCCCCCACCCAAACCUGCUGAGGGUCAUCAUGAAUCCUAGCCUGGCCAGAGAGUGAGAUGAUGCUAGGCCCAGUAGCAGAGUGAGAAUGAACUUGGAUGUGUACACAGAUGUCUACUACAGAUGUAGGGGCCAAGGGCAGGUGGGCCACGUCGGCAAAAAGGUUAUUUUGUGUUAAAAGCAAUAAAAAACUAGGAGAUUCAGGGGUGCCUGGGUGCAGCGGGUUAAAGCCUCUGCCUUCGUCUCAGGUCA